AAUGCAGACUCGUAAAGUAAGAAAAGAGGAGGAAUUGUCAAAAUCUAGCUCAGGCAAUCUUAUUAAGCGUCUCUUCCAAGUAUUAACCUGGCAUAAAUCUAGCACAGGAAUUUCCCAAGACAAAUGUAGUAUUGGUAAAAAAGAUAAAACUGUUUUAGAAAUUCUAGGUUUCCAUCGAAAUGAUGUUGAAAUCGGACGUGGUAGCACAGCAAUUGUUCUAUCUGGAUAUUCUAUAAAAACUGGUAAAGAAGUAGCUAUAAAAAUAUAUGAUAAAGCUAGGUUAAUUAAGAAAGGAAGAACUGUCCAUUUUGAUAAAUUUAUCAAGAGAGAGCUACGAAUAACCUCUAAAGUAUCUCAUACGAACAUCGUUAAAUGUGUGGCCGGGGCUGAGACCGCUAAUCGGGUAUAUAUUAUCAUGGAGAGAUUAUCUGGCAGAACCGUUAGAGAUGAAGUUACUCGCCACUUUCGUCUACCAGAGCCGGUUGUCGGAGUAUGGAUUGCACAAUUAGCUAAAGCCAUAGAUUAUUUACACAAUAAGGGAAUAGCUCAUAGAGAUAUUAAAUGCUCAAAUUUGCUUCUCGAUAAGCACGAUAGUUUGAAAUUAUCGGAUUUUGGAGUAGCAACGGAUAAUCUAAAUGAUCCAAGAGCCUUGGGAAUUAUUUGGUCAACAACUUUUGUUGGUAACCUUCAAUACGCCGCUCCCGAAGUUUUGCUGCAACGCGAAUACGUCGCUACUAAAGCCGACUUAUGGAGUAUUGGAAUAGUUCUUUACGUCUGCUUACGAGGUCACUUUCCUUUUCCAGGAACAACCCCCAAGCAAGUUUACUAUAAUAUCAAAAGAGGACUACCAAAAUUAGAAAGGAUUGUACUCACCGAUUCGUGCGAAAGACUGAUACAAAGCCUCCUAAGAACAAAUAUAUCAGAACGGUUCGACAGUUCGAGGUUAGUAGAAGACGAAUUUUGUAAAAGAUUCGAAGGACUUGAAAUUGAUGACGUUAGAGGUUUAGAUUCGAAUGUAGAUAACUCAUUUUGUGAUGAGGUUAUCAGGCAGAUUGAAAAAUUCGAUAUUCAUCCUAAAACUGGUCAAAAAUUCCUCCAUAGUUCUGUCGAUAAACCCGAUGAGAAGGGCAUUAGGAGAGUCAAGGCAACUGUUGAAAAUCUUGUCAAAGAAAAGUCAGAAUUUAGCAAAACAGAUUCUCAUACUGAAUCGAGAGCAUCGUUUAUAUUCUGUAGCAUUUCUGAAAUGACUCUCCCAUCUCAAACAUUCGAAAGUACCGAUAAAUCAGCUAAAGAAUUUGAUAAAGACCAAGGAGAGUUGAUAGAAGCUCGAGAAGACUGUGGAAGAUUGACACCGAAUACCAUGGAGGAUUCUCAAAGAUUAAAUACAGACGAGUGUAGGGAACUAUACGAAAAUAAUACGUCUAGCGAAGUUAUUCAAGCUUCUGAGAAUUCUCAAUUAAACACUGAGGUUACAGUUCAAAAUGAUAAAGGAAAAGAGGUGAAAAUCGAAAGUUCCAGUCCUAAAUCACCCGAAUUAAAGGAUUACGGAAUGAGAUUAAGAGGGGAAGUAGAUAGAUUACCAAAUGAUACAUUCAAAACUGAGGAGAAUAAUCAACAAGAAAUACAUCAAAUUCCACCUGAAAACGCUAGCUGCAAAAGUGAUACGAAGGACAGACGCGAUAGUGAUAUUACUAAUGAGGGUCAUUCAUUGAAUUUCGAAGAUUUACGGCAUAACUCUGGAACCUCGUUAGAAAGGGAUAGAGAGAAGGCCGUUGCAAGCCAAUUGCAUAUUGAUUCGAUAAGUUAUUCAAACUCUAAAAAAGAUACACAAACAGCAGAUUGUUCCGACCACAAAGAGGAAAGUAUCCAAAUAAUAAAAAGUACAGUACUUUCGGAAUUUGAAGAAAAAUCUGAUAGAACAGAUUUAAAGGAUGAACUAUCGGAUACAUCAAGUAGAAUUACUAAACAGCAAAUAAAUUUAAAUAAUGAAUAUAUAUUCAAAGGAGAUAGAAAAGAAGAUUAA